UAGCACCAACAAAUGAAGAUGUCAACACAAUCAACCAGUAUUUGUUGGAGAAGUUGGAUGGCGAUGCAAUGUUAUUUCUCAGUGCUGAUAGUAUAGAUCCUGAAGACUCCGAUUCACUUAGAAAUUCUGUCAUCACACCAGAUUUUUUAAACAGUAUCAGGGUAUCAGGUUUGCCUCACCAUGCGUUAAGUUUAAAGAUUGGUGCUCCAAUCAUGCUGCUUCGGAAUAUUGAUCCUAAAGGAGGUCUAUGCAAUGGUACUAGGCUUCAAGUUACUCAGAUGAGCCCGCGUGUUCUUCAAGCAAAAGUCAUAACAGGAGACAGAAUUGGUGAUAUUGUUUUGAUUCCAUUAAUCGUCAUUACACCGUCAGAUACAAAACUACCUUUCCGGAUGCGUAGAAGACAGUUCCCAGUAUCACUGGCUUUUGCUAUGACCAUUAACAAGAGUCAGGGUCAAUCUCUAGAAAGAGUUGGACUCUAUUUGCCUAAGCCAGUGUUUUCUCAUGGCCAACUCUAUGUCGCUUUAUCUAGGGUUACUUCUAAAAAAGGUUUGAAAAUUCUUAUCCUGGACAAAGAAGGUAAGAUUCAAAAGCAAACAACAAACGUUGUUUUCAAAGAGGUUUUCCAGAAUAUCGAUUGAUAAUUCUGCGGCAAUGAUAUUUCAAACAGGAUUAUCAUAAAAGGUAUGUUUACUUUACCUUGGGAUCAAUAUGUUUGCUUUAUGGUUAGCAAAACCCACACUUAUUUGGACUUAUAUUUCACUUGCAAUCUAUUUACCAUUUUCUAACAUAUUGAUUAUCAUCAAAUUGAGAGAAUAAAGGUUUUAAGUCUACCCAUUUCAAAAGUAGGAGCUAAUUGUUACGAUUUGUUUUACUUCCUUAAACUCUCAGAUUUUGUGUUGUUCAGUGUCAACAGUUAUAUAUAUCGAAUUAACAUGCAUCAACAAACAACCAUUAAGCAACAAUUAUAGAAUUUCCUCUUCAUUCUACUUAACAUUUCAUAAACUUCUAUAUGCAAAACGGAACUAAGUUAACUACCAAUUACAUCAUACUGAAAACUAACCUCAAUAUAUUGUUAGAACAUAUCGCAGCUUCUCUUGAGCAAUGAUCCCAUAUCUUCAUAUAAAAUAUUCACACUGUUAGAAAUCAGACAAAUUCAUUGAAGUCUUAUUCAACGUUUACAGAUUCAGAACAUUUGGAAAACAUUGCAUGACAAACAUUUGAAUUGCAAACAUCAGAUUAGAUCUUCAAAUAUAUAAUUUGCUGUCUACGCACACAUGUUCCAAUUUACAAA